AUGCUUGCAAACAAUACCGGAUACUACAAAAGAUUUAUGGACUAUCAUCAAAAUGCUCCCAUGGGUAGUACAUCCGAUCAUGUUUACUACAAUUCACACCAACUGCAACAACAUGACCGGCCUACCGAAUACACUCACCCCCAUCAAGCGAAUCCGUCGCACUUGCCGUCGCUACUACCUCAUUUCACCUCUGUUAAUGACACUACACGCUUCCCUGGGCUUCAGCUUCCACACCCGACCCAAUUCCAGGACACCAAAAAUCAGGCUCAAUACGACAAUCAAUAUUGGGUGCAAUGGAAUACUCCUCGUACGUCGGACAGCCUGCAGGCAGAGAUAUCACCUCAAAUACCACCACUGAUACAGGACAAUCCCGAACCUUCCCACCGGUUUAGGGACAAUGAAUAUAUGCCACCUAUGGGAAGUUCUCACAAAUACACGAUGCCACGACUAUCAGGGGUACAGGAUGAGCAGGAGAAUGCAUCCCAAGCAACAAAUAAACCAACGAACCAUAAAAGUGUGGUAGGAAUGACUGGGAUGCCAGACCCACGGCCACUAUGCGAAUUCAAGCAAAAGUUCACACUGGAGGAUGACGAGAUUUUGAGACAGCUAAAACAUAAUUGCAAGGACCCCUAUCGACUGGGCAGCAAGGACGACGGGUUGACCUGGAGGCAGAUUGCGGACUUUUUCCCUGGUCGAGCGCCAGGCACCUUACAGGUACAUUACUGCAAGGAAGUAAGUGCAAAGGGGCCGCAAUGGGACGCGGAACUGGACCAAAAACUGAUUGCGGCAAUAAGGGAGUAUGAGAAAGAGCGAUGGCAGAUCGUAGCGAAGAAGGUUAAACAGAAGAACUACGCAGCGGCGUGUGAGCAAAGGGCCAAAGAGUUACAAAAGAUGGAACAAGAUAAGGACCAGGACCAGUACCAGGAGGAAGAGGUGCAAGAGCCGGAGCGAGAGAUGAAAGAGAAGCGAAAGACGCAAGGGAAGAAACGAAAGAUAGCUAUAACGGUCAAUCAACCAAUCACAAGCGCUCGGGCCAAAGCGGCUUCAAACUCGCCCAACCUCAAACCUCCAAACUCCCUCUUUCCUGCCCCAAACGCCCGCGUCAUCCACCCCAUCUCCUCCAGGACAAUGUUCCUCCAACGUACAGCCUCCGCCCUUGCGAGGCGCUCGCCUGCCCGCGCUUUCACUCUCGCCCAGCGCCCUUUCUCUUCCUCCAUCGUUCGCUCCAACGAGAAGAAGUGGGCUCCUAAGCAGGAGGGCAAGAUCCUGACCUUCGAUGAGAUCAAGGUUGAGGAUGACCUUCUCCUCCGGGCGCCAAGCCCGGUACCAUUCCCACCGAUCUCGACCAGUCCACCGGUCUCGAGCGUCUGGAACUCAUCGGAAAGAUGCAGGGCAUUGACAUUUUCGACAUGCGUCCCCUUGAUGCCUCCCGCAAGGGUAUGCACACUCGAGGAUCCCAUCAUCGUCCCCGGUGCUGGUGAUGAGCAAUAUGCCGGUUGCACUGGUUUCCCCGUCGACUCCCACCAGGUUAACUGGCUGACCGUUUCCCGUGAGCGCCCCAUCGAGCGCUGCAUGGAGUGCGGCAACGUCGUCAAGCUGAACUACGUCGGACCCGAGGAGGACCCCCACUCCCGUAUACGACCACGACCACGGUCACCACCACCCCCUCACGUCGAGCCCAAGACCUUCGCCGACUACGUCAAGCCUGAGUACUGGUACCGGUAAAUGUUUAACACCGCUAUUUGCUUGCGUGGGGUCUACGAUCUACCCUCUUUGGUUCUGGCAUGGAAAUUCCAAUACAGUGUCAACAUUAUUGCGUGUGUCUCUCCCUGUUCCGUCUCCGUGACUUGUCUGUCUCUUUUGUAGAAUAGUGCUCUAGUGGGUGAAAAUGAGAGUAUUGUGGGGUUUUAUUACUUUUGAUAUGCAUCCUCGAUCUCGGAUGGAUGGUAUUGUGUUUGUAGAUGAAGUGUGAGGUGGAAUCUUUCGUGUUCUUGUUUAGACAUCUGACAACGUUGCAACGGGAUAAUCAUAUCAUAGGAAACGAUUGUGGGAUACCAUCCCCCAUG